AUGCAGAUUGGUUGGUGUACAAUCAAUUGCCAAUUCUCACAAGAAAAUGGUGUUGGAGACACACCCGAUUCUUAUGCAUAUGAUGGAAACAGACUACGCAAAUGGAAUGUGAAAACUCAGAGAUAUGGAGAAUCCUGGUUAACUGGUGAUGUAAUAAGCUGUGCUAUUGACUCUGACAAAGGAACGAUUACAUUUUUUCGAAAUGGAAAGUGUCUUGGAGAGGCAUUUAACAAUGUCCGUACAGGUCCAGGUUUUGCAUACUUUCCAGCAGUCAGUUUAUCCAUGUCAGAGAAUGUACGAGCAAAUUUUGGAGCCACUCCUCUCAGAUAUCAGGUUGAAGGAUAUCGACCCCUUCAAGACCCACCCACAAUUGACCUUAUUCAAGCACAGCUCCUAUUUUGUUAUCUAGAAAAUUUGUUACCAGUGAUGGUUAAGGAGGAGUCUGAACGUAAAUCCCUGCCCAUUGAGAAAAGAGACCUGCGUCCACCUACGCUGACUGAUUCCCGAAGCCGGCAAUGCAAUCUUCUUCUGGUGGCUGCCCAUCUAUUCAACAAACUGGCCACAUUAUUGAAAAGUGCCUAUAUUGUUGAGGCUUGUCUCUUGAGGUUUAUGUUGAAGGUCUGUGAUGCAGAAUCGUGCCUCUCUGAACAACCGUAUAUCGCUAAACUUUUAGACAGUAUGUGCACUCUGAUGCAGGACUUCGAAUUAAAAGCUUGCCUGGAAAACUUAACCAUUACGUUGCUUUCUGCAUAUCGAUUCUCCCCCAUUACUGCUGACUUCAAAUAUCCGAGAAUGUAUUUGAGUCUGACCCUGGCAAUAUUGAGGCACUCCCAAACACGGCGCCAUCUUCUCUCCACUGUUUUAUUUGACAAAAUCAAGUUCCCUGUUUUUUUGCAUAUCAAGCCACCUGAUGACAAAGGGUUAUUUGAGAUUGUCCCAAGGGUUUGGUGGCCCAGAAUUGGAGAGGAAGGGAUUGUACUGCCUUCACGGACAGAAAAGGAGGAAGAAGACAGACUAGAAUAUUUUGCAUCUUGUGAACAUCUCAGGAAUAAAAUCGAAGAAAUAGAAAAUCUACAAAUUGAGAUGCUAAAAGUUUUGUUAAUACACAAUGACGAGAAAGAUGGUAAAACCUCAAGAGAUUUAUUCUUAGAGAAAUUCAGAGGCUUCCUAAAAGAAAAUGCAGGUACCCGGUUGCAGCCUAUCAACACAUGCCCUUUGCCAGUAAGCCUGUGUUUCUUUCAUCGUCUUAUUCAAGCCUUACGUUUCUAUUGGGAUGAAUAUCAUCAAAAAGAUCCUGCAAGAUAUUUACCAAGCUCAGAGGCUUAUAUGCCAAUUAAUGAAUUCAAAAAACCUGGCCGUGACAAUCUGGACUUUCAGAGAUGUGGAGGAUUACUAUCUCAUUUACAGAGGACCGUUUCUGAAUCAGAAGGAGGCAAAUCCAAGAAAGGACAUAAAUCUGAUGGUGCUUCAGGUAGUAGCAGUAGCAGUUGUUACCAGAGCAGUGUGGAUCCCGGAUCCGGGGAAAUCCCCAGUGACCCGUCACUCACAGAAUUACUUGAUGGUAUCAUAACACUCUAUCACAUAGCAACACACAAACAACUUGGCAAGAUGAGUACUUUACGAGAAAACAUGAAUGAAUUUAUUCAUUCUUUGAUGGAUACUGAAGAGAAAAUGAAACACUGCCCUGAAGAUGCUCAAGAAAUUCGUAAUGAACUUGAACGGGCCAAGUCAGUAUUUGAAGAAAAAAUAGCUGAACAAGCCCGGCAAAUGGCUUGGGUUAUUGCUGUUAUAUAUUCAAAGGCAAAACAGAUUGAUGUCGCGUGGAUAUUCCAAGUCGUCCUCAAAACUGUCCUGAAAGCUUCUGCCUUUAAACAACUUUUCCAGUUUCUACCAGAAUUCUAUAUUGAUACAUGCAUUAAUACAUACAAUGCUCUAAAGAAUUAUUUUCAUCCAACGGCAAAUUUUAGUGAACUACCAGAUCAGGCUGACUUAAGCUCACGAUUUGCAUUGUUUCUUACAAAGCACUUCUCAGAUAACAGAAUUGUUAACUCAGAUCUUCGUGACAAUAUCACACAAGCAUUGGCCUGUUUUGCAUGUUUCCCUUAUUCUCUUGAAGCCUUAGAAAAUUUGCCAUUGGACAUUAAGAAAACGAUGAUGUAUUCUCUCAUUGCUCCUUAUGACAACCGGUCAUGGGCACAGACCAAUUGGAUUUUGGUGCGCAUUUGGAAAGGCUGUGGCUUUGGCUAUCGUUAUACUCACUUGCCACAUCUUGUUCCUUCAAAAGUUCAAACAACUGAUCUUGGUUUGGCCAGCCUCCAGAAACCGUGUCCUUCUCGGGUAUUUCAGAGUCUUCUCGCAGAAAUGCUUCUUCUGGAUCAUGAACGUGCCGUCCGUUUCCUUGAUACGAUGCUCAGCCAACUCAAUUGGUCUUUUUCUGAAUUUAUAGCCAUUAUGCAAGAGAUUCAACAAGUGGUUAGUAAAACAGAACCACGGUUCAUUGAUACUCGCCAGUUGAAAUUCUGUGCAACUUGCUUUGAGAUAACUAUUUCCCUCCUGCGUGUUGUGGAGAUGAUUGUCACUAUUGCCCCAUCGCUGUUCACCGAUUGGUCAAAACCAUCUGCAGAAUUGCUCCUUACCAGAUUAAUACAGCUUUUGUGUCAAAUCUUAAAUCGGAUUGCAACACGAAGUGGAAUGUUUGAAAAUGUCAUUUCAUUGCCGUUGCCUGGUAUGGAGGUUGUCACACACUACCCUAUUCUUGCUGCCACAGUUGGCAUUCUUAUACAAUUAAUUCUUCGAUCUCGAGGCUCCAGUGGUAAUCGAGUAAGUCAAGUGCUUAUCUCUGAGCCUGUGUUCCAAAUGAACUCUUUGAAAUUCCUGUUGGGUCAACAAGAUCCCAGUGAAACAGCAUCUGCAGCUGAGACGUCGUCUUCCAUCAGAAAAGUGUUCACUCUUAGAGAAGUUAACCAAGUUAAUAGUGAAGAAAUCAAAUUGGCAGAAGAAUUGAUAGUUCACCUUCAGAUUCAAUUAGACCGUAAGUCCAAUCAACAAAAGUCUCUGGCUGAUGAUGACUUGUGUGCUAUUUGCUAUGCAAACCCUAUCUCCGUUAUAUUCAACCCUUGUGGUCACAAGUCUUGUAGGCGUUUUUUUAUUAUUUCAUGUUCUUACCUUAACUCGUCUGCAGCUUCUUUCCGUCUUAUUGUCCUUUGCACCUACUUUCUGCCAGUUGUAACUUAUUUCGAACCUUUUCUCACCUUUCAUCUCUUGCACCUGCUCUCCCGAGCUUCUUCAAGUCUUCUUUUUUGCACCUUCUUUCCCCCCCUUCCUCCUUGGCACCUUCUUUCCCCCCCUUCCUCCUUGGCACCUUCAUUCCCCGCUUCUUCCUCCUUGUCACCUUCUUUCUCUUCUUCCUCUUUGUCACCUUCUUUCUCUUCUUCCUCCUUGGCACCUUCUUUCUCUUCUUCCUCCUUGGCACCUUCUUUCUCUUCUUCCUCUUUGUCACCUUCUUUCUCUUCUUCCUCCUUGGCACCUUCUCCCCCCCCCUUCCUCCUUGGCACCUUCUUUCCUCCUUGGCACCUUCUCUUCCCACUUCCUUCCCGUCACCUUAUUUUUACCCUUCCUCCUUGA